CACUACCGCCGUUAUUAUCGUCGCAUCCACAAAUAGCUGAGCUCGCCAGGAAUUACCUUGAAAAGAUUCAAAAUGAAUACAUCGGUAAUAAUUGCUCAUUGGAUGUGUAAUUCAACAAAGGACUAUACAAUGGUGCAAUCAGCUAGAUCCACUCUCGCCAACUUUUCUGAUAGUAAAACUGGAAGACGAUUAUUUUCGCAUCCCAAAGUCAUUGAGCGUGUUUAUGAUGAAAGAACCACCACCCACCGAGGAAAAUAGUUCCAACGCUGAAUCGAAAGAUGAAGAAAUAAAAAAACAGAAGAAUAAUCGUGUUGAGAAGAAUCAAUGUCGCAUUGAGACCAGGAAGAAAAAUAAAACCGUUAUCGACAAUUUAGAUGAUUUGGACGAUUUGGAUGACACUCCUUUGGAUUUCAGGAAACGGCGCAAAGAUGAACUUUCGAAAACACGAUCCGGCAAGUUUGUAGCUAGUCCAAAGAAGAAGUCGCAUAUCUGUGAAAUUUGUUACAUCACGUUCGAUCGCAAAAGCAAGCUCACUAGUCACAUGUUCAAACAUAGCAACUCACGGCCGCACAAGUGCACGAUUUGUUCCAAGGGCUUCAAGACUGGUGCAUAUCUUUCUAGGCAUAUGGAAAUCCACGAUGAGCCAGCACAGCUUCACGCGUGCACUCUAUGCGACUUCAAGGCGCGUACAAAGCCGUAUCUGAAAAUACAUUAUAUUCGCAAGCACACGGAAGAUUAUAAUUAUAGUUGCGAGCAGUGUGGAAAAAUGUUCAAGGUGCAGUCUGAUUACACGACACACAUGAAGGACCACGACACGGAGUCCUGCGUUUGCGAUAUAUGCGGCACAUCUUAUCCCAGCAAGAGCUCCUUGUACUUUCAUAAGCAUUAUAAGCAUAAGACGAAAGUUAAGGAGUUUGAAUGCCAGAUUUGCAGAAAACGCUUCAAGACUCAAAAGAAUCUCGACAGUCACGCUGAACUGCACAAAAUGAAAUACGUCUGUGAGCAGUGUGGUAUGGAGUUCAAAUUCAAAUAUGGUCUCACGAAGCACCUUAGGACGCAUUCAGGUGAAAAGUCGUACCUCUGCGCAAUAUGUGGUAAGACUUUCGGUUGCCUCAGUUCGCAAAAGAUCCAUCUGUUGACUCAUGUUGGCGAGCGACCUUAUAUCUGUGACAUCUGCGGCCAGAGCUUUACCCAACGAUCACCAAUGAUGUUGCACCGGAAGAAGCAUCCUGGCGUACAUCCACCGCCACCACCCAUUAAAAUUACGAAUCUUCUGCACGGCGUGCAAGACAAAAUUGUUGUGAAUAAAAGUGCCAAGUGACUCACAAGUACUACAUAUACAACAAAUAAACGUGUAAAAAUGAAGAGAAUGAACAUGAUUGGGAUAGCUUUUGUAUCUUUCUAAUAUAAAUAAUCUAAAAGCGCUUUAUGUGCAAAUGUGAUUUUUGAAUAUUAUCUCAGUGGUGGUACAUUUGUCAUGUAACGCAACUUGGGCAAUCUCGACUACAUCAAAAGCGAUACUGGAACAACAUAUAUUAUUAUAUUGUGAUGUGUAGAUUUUAAAAUUGGAGGAUUCUUUUCUCAAAUGUAUAUGGUCCUAUGUCGGUAUGUCGAUUUUACAUUCAAAUUCAUUAGAAUAUUUAUUCGAGAUCAAAUUAUGAAUUAAUGCUAUAUUAUAAUUGAUUAUUUACAAUUGAAUAUUAAAAUUCUGCAAUUAUUUAUUUACCUUUUUUAAUAUAAAUAUUUAAAUAUUUGAGAUUGUCAUUAUUUUAUGAAGUUAUAAAAUUAUUGCUAUUUUAGUUUUUUGAAAUUUUAAAUACCGGUAUUAUGAUUUACAAUAAUCUAUGGCAAUGUAAAUAGUGUUCAAGAAGUGAUAUUUAUAUUAAUCUAACAUUAGAUAUAUUUAUUAGCAAUGCUUUGCUUUAUCUUGAAUCCGUUUACUGUAUAAUACAUUUUAUUUUUAUAUUGAAGUCUUCCAAUCUUACUUGUAUAUUAGAAUUUUAUGAAAAAUAUAUCAUUAUUUUUGUAAUGUCAAAUUUAUUAUUUUAUGAAGUAUGGCAGCAUUUAUUGUAAUAUCUUGUAAACUUUGAGUUUGAAAUUUCAGAUAAGGAUAUAAUGUUUUUGUUACCGAUAUUUUAUGCAAUAACAAUUUUGAUUUUUGUCCAUUACACGAAAGAUAAUAUAUAUCUUAUUUAAUGAAUAAUUGUCAUGUGAUUCAAAUUUUUAUUGGGAAUAUUUUCUUUUAUUCAGUUUUUUUUAAAUAGAAUAUUGUUUUGAAGAAAUUUAUUUAAAGUAUUUUGAAAAUAAUUCUUACUAGUAUUUUGAGAUAGUAAUUUUCUGUUAUCGAAUGGGACAAUGCAAUGUACAGUAUAAAAUUUAUGUAAGAUACUAAAUAAAUACAUAAUUGUAUUUAUUAUGUUUUAAUAAUAAAUAAAAUCACAUUUUUUACGAUUACAAA